UACCAUAAACGUGUACUCAAACUUUGUUGCAGUAGUCAGUCGUUGUGUGUCAAUAAUGCAUUUUUUCAAUUUUUGAAGUAUAGAUAUUUUAUUGUAAUUAUAUUGUAGUUUUAUUUAGUUGAAUAUUGAGCAUUAAUCAUUUAAUAAGAAAGGAAAAAGAAUAAGAUAAAACAUAUGUUAUAAGUAUAAAAAAAAAUAAAGAUUAAUGCGAAAAACACAAAUCAAGCACAAUAUUAGAUACUCACAUUUUAUGUUCCGUUUACAGUAAUUAAAUUUAUAUAAUGAUAGUGUAAAUAUUAAAACAGAUCAAAAUAAUGAGCAGCAUAGAAUUGGAGAGUUCUUCUGAGGAUGAUGAUGAUUACGUUAAUUCUGUAGCACGUUUAAAAGCGUUACAAAACAAAGUCGUGACAAAUCAUAGAGAAUUACAAACAAAUAAAAAUCAAAGUAGUGGAAGAGGAAGAGGAAGAGGAAGAGGAAGAGGAAGAGGUAGAGGAAGAGGUAGAGGAAGAGGGAAAAGCAGAGGAAGAUCAAAAAAUACAGAAGAUUCUUUCAGUACUUGCGAUUUAACUGAAGAUUUAGGAUUCGUAGAAAACAAUUUAAAAAUUAUAUCCGUGCCAGAUGAAAAUGUUAUUCACACAAGAUCUUAUGUAAAAAACCGAACAAAGGUGGAUAAUGUAAUAAUUUUAAAUUGUAGUAGCGAAGAGGAAGAAAAUUUAAUAAUAGAUGUAGAAGAUUUAAAAAAAGAUGUAAUAAACUUAAAAAAAGAUGUAAUAGACUUAAAAGAAGAUGUAGAAGACUUAGAAAAACGUGAAGAUUUUGAUGUAAAUGUUAAGAUUUUAUGGAGAUCCAAAGCCAUUCACCGUUUAAAUAUAAACAACCACGAGAAUUUCAGGAAAGUUUUUCAGUACUUUGCAGAUAUGGAGAAUGUUUCCAUAGAGCAAAUCUUAAUCAUGAAGAAGGACAAACAUAUAAACCUAGCAGAUACUCCUUCAUCUUUGGGUCUUUCGAUCAUAGAUAUUCUUGAAGGAGGAAUUGUAGAUGCAAGUAUAAUCUCUCAAAAUGAUCAUCAAAAUCAACAAAAAAUCAUAGAAGAAGAUAUAUGUCAAAUCAAAGUACAAACUGCAAAUAAGAAAUCUAUGGUGAUUCCGCUUAAGAAAAAUCAACAAUUUCAAAUAUUAAUUGCCAGUUGCGCUCGUGAAUGGGGCGUUGAAAAAUCUAAUAUUAAAUUAUAUUUCGAUGGGGAUCCCAUAAAUAACAGCGACACGCCAGAAAGUUUAGAUCUUGAACAAGAAGCAUGUAUCGAUCUUCGCAUCACCAAAAAUUAAUAUAAUUGUUAUGUCAUUAUCAACUCUUUCAAUACUAUUAAUGAUCGAACUGAUAGAAGACUAGAAAUCGAAAAAGUAUUUGUUAAGUACUGUUAAGUAGUAGUGAAAAUUCAGUGAACUAUAGACAACAGACAUCUGAUGCUCAUUGUGUACUACCGAUAACUAUAGUCUUAAAAAUUUUGUAAAAAUUAAGGGGGGUGUAUUUUAGCUGAUUAUAUUGCAUUUUAAUAUCUUAUUUUUUAUUUGCUUCAUGGUAAAAUGUACAUUCGCUUUGUAAUUAACUCAUACAGUAUGACUUUGUUUAUGAUGCAUGAAUGGAAAGCAGGAACUUUUAUUUAUAUGACUAUUUAAUCUCGUUUUCAUUUAUUGUUAAUUAUAAUAGUAGCAAUUUUUAGAGAAUCAUUUUUAAAAAUUAAUUUCAAUUGAUAAAAUUUAAUAAAAAUGACUGUUUUUA